CCAGGGCCCCUGGUGGAGUCUGGACCCUCUCUCCUGGCUGCCGUCCCUGCCUUCCUGGUGUGGCUGUAGAGAUAAGAUGAAUGUAGCAGAACCCACAAGAGGACAAUAAUGGAGACAGUGUGGAAGGAGUUUGGGGAGUUCACAACUCUUUCCUGCGCCUGCUCUGCCCCCCUCCGAUCCUUGCUCUCAGCAGGCACCGCUGGCAGUUUCUAAUGCAUGGAGAGAUGGUAUCACCCAUACCAGCAGAUGCGGGUAUAGACUUUAUCAUGACCCCGAGGACGCGGCCAUGCCGGGCGGGGCCGAAGCGGAGGAGGCCGAGGAGGAGGCCGGGGCCGGCUCGGGGUCCGAGGCGGAGGAGGACGCGCUGUGGGAGCGCAUCGAGGGCGUCCGGCACCGGCUGACGCGCGCGCUCAACCCGGCCAAGCUCACGCCGUACCUGCGCCAGUGCCGGGUCAUCGACGAGCAGGACGAGGAGGAGGUGCUCAGCACCUACCGCUUCCCGUGCCGCGUCAACCGCACCGGACGUCUGAUGGACAUCUUGCGCUGCCGUGGCAAGAGGGGCUACGAGGCCUUCCUGGAAGCCCUAGAAUUCUACUACCCUGAGCACUUCACACUGCUCACGGGCCAGGAGCCUGCCCAGCGCUGCUCCAUGAUCCUUGACGAGGAGGGGCCCGAGGGCCUGACUCAGUUCCUGAUGACGGAGGUGCGGCGGCUGCGCGAGGCUCGCAAGAGCCAGCUGCAGCGGGAGCAGCAGCUGCAGGCUCGGGGCCGGGCGCUGGAGGAGGAGCGGGCGGGCCUGGAGCAGCGGCUGCGGGAGCAACAGCAGGCGCAGGAGCGCUGCCAGCGGCUGCGGGAGGACUGGGAGGCGGGCAGCCUGGAGCUGCUGCGGCUCAAGGACGAGAACUACAUGAUCGCCAUGCGCCUGGCCCAGCUCAGCGAGGAGAAGAACUCGGCUGUGCUGCGCAGCCGUGACUUGCAGCUGGCGGUGGACCAGCUGAAGCUCAAGGUGAGCCGGCUGGAGGAAGAGUGCACGCUGCUGCGAAGGGCCCGGGGGCCGCUCCCCGGGGCGGAGGAGAAGGAGAAGGAGAAGGAGCUGGACAACGCCGACCUCGUCUCGGAGCUGCGCGCCGAGAACCAGCGGCUGACAGCGUCGCUGCAGGAGCUGCAGGAGGGCCUGCAGCAGGAGGCCAGCCGGCCGGGGGCCCCAGGCUCGGAGCGCAUCCUCUUGGACAUCCUGGAGCACGACUGGCGGGAGGCUCAGGACAGCAGGCAGGAGCUAUGCCAGAAGCUGCACGCCGUGCAGGGGGAGCUGCAGUGGGCCGAGGAGCUGCGGGACAAGUACCUGCAGGAGAUGGAGGACCUGCGGCUGAAGCACCGCACGCUGCAGAAGGACUGCGACCUGUAUAAGCACCGCAUGGCCACCGUCCUGGCCCAGCUGGAGGAGAUCGAGAAGGAGCGGGACCAGGCCAUCCAGAGCCGCGACCGCAUCCAGCUGCAGUACUCGCAGAGCCUCAUCGAGAAGGACCAGUACCGCAAGCAGGUGCGGGGCCUGGAGGCCGAGCGUGACGAGCUGCUGAGCACGCUCACCGGCCUGGAGGGUGCCAAGGCCCUGCUGGAGGCUCAGCUGCAGCGGGUCCAGGGCGGCCCCUGCCUCAAGGCCUGCGCCUCCUCCCAUUCCCUGUGCUCCAACCUGAGCAGCACCUGGAGCCUGAGCGAGUUCCCCUCCCCGCUGGGGGGCCCGGAAGCAGCCGGGGAGGCAGCUGUCACGGGAGGAUCUGAGCCCCUCACCUCGGAGGAGGCCACAGACAGCGAGAAGGAGAUCAACCGGCUCUCCAUCCUGCCCUUCCCCCCCAGCGCAGGCUCCAUCCUCCGCCGGCAGCGCGAGGAGGACCCCGCGCCCCCGAAGAGGUCCUUCAGCAGCAUGUCGGACAUCACAGGGAGCGUGACGCUUAAGCCCUGGUCCCCCGGCCUCUCCUCGUCCUCGUCCUCCGACAGCGUGUGGCCUUUGGGAAAGCCGGACUGCCUCCUGGCCAGAGGCUGUGGCCUGGAUCUCCUCAACAGGUCUCUGGCCAUCCGGGUGUCUGGCCGGAGCCCCCCGGGGGGGCCGGAGCCCCAGGACAAGGGCCCAGAUGGCUCGUCGUUCCUUGGGGACAGCUGGUCCGGGGCCGUGGUGCGGAGGGUGCUCUCUGGGCCCGGGUCGGCCAGGGCGGAACCAAGAGAGCCAAGGGCCGAGGCUGCUGGCCUGGAGGGGGCGGGCUUGGAGGGAGAGGCCCUGCAGAGAACCUUGCCCUGGAACCAGGUGUCCACGCUCCCCUUCCUGAUGGACGACAAGGCCUGCCAGUCCUUCCAUGAGGCCCUGGACGCCUGGGUGAAGGGGCUGUGUGCUGAGCCUUUCUACAUUCGAGCCAACCUCACCCUGCCCGAGCGGGCCGACCCCCAUGCCUUAUGUGUGAAAGCCCAGGAGAUCCUGCGGCUGGUGGACCCAGCGUACAAGCGGCGGCGGGAGUGGUUCUGCACCCGGGUCGACCCCCUCACGCUGCGGGACCUGGACCGGGGCACUGUGCCCAAUUACCAGAGAGCCCAGCAGCUCCUAGAAGUUCAGGAGAAAUGCCUGCCCUCCAGCCGGCACCGAGGGCCCCGCAGUAACCUGAAGAAGCGAGCCCUGGACCAGCUGCGGCUGGUGAAGCCCAAGCACCUGGGGAGCCCUGCGGGGGAGCCCCCAGAGCAGCUGCUGCUGGAGCCCUGCUCAGAGCCAGAGCGCAGCCUCAAACCCUACAGCCUGGUGCGGCCGCUGCUGGUGUCCGCCCUGCGGCCCGUGGUGCUCCUGCCCGAGUGCCUGGCGCCCCGCCUCAUCCGCAACCUGCUGGACCUGCCCAGCUCCCGGCUGGACUUCCAAGUGUGCCCAGCGGAAAGCCUCUCUGGGGAGGAACAGUGCACGUCCUCAGCGCCCGGAGCCCCCAAGGCCUGGCCCGCCACCCCCGGGCUGGGCAGCCGGAUCCGCGCCAUCCAGGAGUCUGUCGGGAAGAAGAAGCACUGCCUGUUGGAGCUAGGCGUGCGGGGCGUGCGGGAGCUGGUCCAGAACGACAUCUACCCCAUCGUCAUCCAUGUGGAGGUGACCGAGAAGAAUGUCCGGGAAGUCAGGGGUCUGCUGGGCCGGCCGGGCUGGCGGGACUCGGAGCUGCUGCGGCAGUGCCGGGGCUCGGAGCAGGUGCUCUGGGGGUUGCCCUGCUCCUGGGUGCAAGUGCCCGCGCACGCGUGGGGCCACGCAGAGGAGCUGGCCAAGGUGGUGCGCGGCCGCAUCCUGCAGGAGCAGGCCCGCCUCGUGUGGGUGGAGCGCGGCAGCAGCAGAGGCAGUGGCAGCAGCGAGGCCUGAGGGCCCCUCCUAGGCCCUCCUCAUGCGCUUCAGAAGCUGCCAGCGGGACCCUGGUGUCUUCAGUGGAGCCGGCUCCUCCCCAUCCUGAGCCUUCCUGGACCCUUGGACUCUCUGAUGGGGGGCCCUCGGCUCUGGGCUCUCUCCCCGGAGUGAGCCUGUGAGGGCCCUUGGCGCAGAGCUCCCACCGCCCCGUCCUUGCUGCUCUGGGUCUUCCCGUGUGCCGCUGUGUCUCCGUGUCCCCUCUCAUGGGUCUCAUGCACGUGUCUGCGUCCUCUCCCUCAUUGCUCACCCGGAGCAUCUGAGUUCUCAUUCCCAUGCACAGGUUUGCACACCCAAGUUCUCACGGGUCAGGCUCACGUCUGUCCCCACCCCCCGGCACGCGAGUCUCCCAGGUUCUCAGCCCGCUCUGCUCGUAGGAGCCCCGAGCCCAUCACACGUGACUCCUGCCGUCCAGCUCACUUUCUUGUGUAUACCUCCACAUGUGGGCCUCGUGGCUUCCCUGGUCUGCUGUCCCCUGUGCCCUCUGUGUCUUUUUUUUUUUGUGAGGAAGAUCAGCCCUGAGCUAACAUCGGUCAAUCCUCCUCUUUUUGCUGAGGAAGACUGGCCCUGGGCUAACAUCCGUGCCCAUCUUCCUCCACUUUAUAUGGGACGCCGCCACAGCAUGGCCUGACAAGCGGUGCGUGGGUGCACGCCUGGGAUCCGAACCCCGGCCACCAGCAGCGGAGCGCGUGCACUUAACCACUAAACCAUGGGGCCGGCCCCUGUCCUUUGUGUCUUAGUCACACGUGUCCAUGGUUCUCUCCUGUCAAUGUCAUGCCCCACCCCGUGUGUUCCCGGUGAGCACACCCAGGACCAUGUUCUCACAGCACCCGCUCCCUGCCCUGCCCGCCUCUCGGAGGGACCGGCGGGGAGGGGCUGGCUGCUCUGUCACCAGAAUGUACGGCUCGUGGAUUCUUAAUGGGCCUUUUUCACUCAGAAGCUGCACAUUGUGGAACAUUAAACGGUUUGUCAUAGAA